AAGAAAAACCUUAUAUCAAAAAAGAAGGAGAAUCACAAAACUCUUUCAGACCAAAACGAGAAUACAAGGGAACCAGAAAAAACUUCCAAGGAAAACCAUUAUACCAAGAAUCAAAAGAAUCUAUUAAGUUUAGUAACCCAAACAAUGUUGGAUAUAAACCACCUGUACCAAAACAAUUCAACUCAAAGAAACGGGAAUAUGGUCAAGAUGAUAAAUAUCAAGAAGAGAUUCACAAGAGAACUC